GUUAAAACCGAGCCAAUCUCCCUCUUCCCCUCUCCUCUCCGAGACGCAACGCCAGCUGCUCUGCUCCAGCCUCCCCGGCUCUGCUCUGCAUGCGCGGUGGCUGACCCCCACACACCUCCGCUGCCCAUGGAGCUCCCGUGGUGGCUCACCACCAGGACGUGCGACCUCCCCUCCGCGCCCGCCACGGGGUUCCUCCAGUGGGCCGCCUUCCUCUUCCUCUCCACGUGCUCGCACCGGCUCAUGCUCUCGGCGGCGUCCGCGGCGUUCCUGCUGGUCGUCUUCUGCCUCGCGAUCCACAAGGUCGUGUCCCGCCGGCGCGACUUAGUCAACGGCAACGGCGCGGACAAGCCGCUGCUCGACAGGGGCCAACCUCCCCGCCGUGUGGUGCGCGUCGGCGCGGGCUUCGUCGUGGCGCUGGCGGCGUCCGCGGUCCUCGCCGUGUUCUACGGCGUGCUGCUCGUUCUCUCGGUCGUGGCGCGGGGCGGCGGCGAUCAGCAGGUCAUGGAGGCGGUGUUCCUCGCGCUGCAGUUCGCGGCGCACCUCGGCGCCGCCGCGCUGGUGGCGCACGAGAAGCGGUUCCGCGCGGCGGCGCACCCGCUCACGCUCCGGCUCUUCUGGCUCGCCUCGUCCGCGCUCACGGCGCUCGUCGCGGGCGCGGCCGUCGCGCGCCUCGCUUCCGGCGCGGCUGCCAUCCCCGACGACGCGCUCGCGAUCACGGCGCUCGUGCUAUCCGUCCCCCUCCCCGUCCUCGCCAUCUCGGGCGCCACCGGCAUCACCACCGCGGUGGCGCCGUCCGCCGAAGAAGAAGAAGAAGAAGAGGCGGAUGCGGAUGGCAAGGAGAAGAACGUGACGCCGUACGCUAGCGCGUCGUGGUUGUCGCGCGCGUCGUGGGCGUGGAUGAACCCGCUGAUCCAGCGCGGGUACCGCGCGACGCUGGACCUGUCGGACGUGCCGACCCUGGCGCCGGCGCACCGGCCUGAGCGUAUGCACGAGCUGUUCAUCUCCCACUGGCCGUCGUCGUGGGCGCGCAGGGACAACAACCCAGUCCGCCACGCGCUCUUCCGGUGCUUCUGGCCGCUGUUCCUGGCGAACGCGUCGCUGGCGCUGCUCCGGCUGACGGUGAUGUACGUGGGGCCGACGCUGAUCCAGAGCUUCGUGAGCUUCACGUCGUCGGCGGAGCGUCGGCCGCUGUGGGAGGGCAUGCGGCUGGUGCUGGCGCUGCUGGCGGCGAAGGCGAUGGAGGCGUUCUGCAGCCACCAGUACAACUUCCACUGCCAGAAGCUGGGGAUGCAGAUCAGGGGCGCGCUCAUCACGGCGCUCUACCGCAAGGGGCUCCGCCUGUCGUGCUCGGCGCGGCAGAAGCACGGGCUGGGCAUGAUCGUCAACUACAUGGCCGUCGACGCGCAGCAGCUCUCCGACAUGAUGCUGCAGAUACACUACCUCUGGCUCAUGCCGCUCCAGGUGGGCGUUGCGCUUGGGUUGCUGUACAUUUACCUUGGCCCGCCGGUUACGUCAGCGCUGCUGGGCGUGUUCGGCGUCAUGGCGUUCGUGCUUCUGGGCACCCGCCGCAACAACCGAUACCAGUUCUCGCUCUCCGGCGAGCGUGACCGCCGGAUGAAGGCGACGAACGAGAUGCUGAGCUACAUGCGGGUGAUCAAGUUCCAGGCGUGGGAGGAGCACUUCAACGCCCGCAUCGGCCGCUUCCGCUGCCUCGAGUUCGGCUGGCUCACGCGCUUCAUGUACUCCAUCUCAGGCAACAUUGUCGUGCUCUGGAGCGCCCCCACCAUCGUCUCCGCGCUCGUCUUCGGCACCUGCGUCGCUGUUGGCGUCCCCCUCGACGCCGGACUUGUCUUCACCGCCACUUCCUUGUUCAAGAUCCUUCAGGAGCCCAUGAGGAACUUCCCGCAGGCCAUGAUCCAAGCCUCACAGGCCAUGAUAUCGCUCCAGCGGCUAGACUCGUACAUGACGAGCGCUGAGCUGGAUGAUGGUGCGGUGGAGAGGGAGCCGGUGGCGUCGAACGAUGGCGGGGUGGCCGUGCAGGCUAGGGACGGGGUGUUCACUUGGGAUGAUGAGGAGACGGAGGCGGGGAAGGAGGUGCUGCGUGGGAUCGAUCUCGAGAUCCGGAGUGGCAAGCUGGCGGCUGUGGUCGGUAUGGUCGGCUCUGGCAAGUCAUCGCUGCUCGGAUGCAUCCUCGGUGAGAUGCGCAAGGUCUCCGGCAAGGUGAAGGUGUGCGGCACCACGGCGUAUGUUGCACAGACGGCAUGGAUCCAGAACGGCACUAUCGAGGAGAACAUCCUGUUUGGGCUGCCAAUGGACGGGGAGCGGUACAAGGAGGUGAUCAGGGUGUGCUGCCUGGAGAAGGACAUGGAGAUGAUGGAGUUCGGCGACCAGACAGAGAUCGGCGAGCGCGGGAUCAACCUCAGCGGCGGGCAGAAGCAGCGCAUCCAGCUCGCCCGCGCCGUCUACCAGGACUGUGACAUCUACCUCCUCGACGACGUGUUCAGUGCAGUUGAUGCGCAUACGGGCAGUGAGAUCUUCAAGGAAUGUGUGAGAGGUGCUCUGAAGAACAAGACUGUGGUACUUGUGACUCACCAAGUUGAUUUCUUGCACAACGCCGAUAUCAUAUAUGUCAUGAGGGAUGGGACGAUAGCCCAAUCUGGCAAGUACGACGAGCUCAUCCAGCGCGGCUCAGACUUCGCGGCGCUCGUCGCGGCGCACGACAGCUCCAUGGAGCUCGUCGAGAGCGCGGCGCCAGUGACCGAGAAGGGAGAUGCGCCGGCAGUCUCCCGGCAGCCGUCCGCCAACGGCCACGGCAGCAGCACGUCGAACGGAGACGUGUCUGUGGUGGCGGCCAAGGCGGAGAAGGCGUCGGCCCGGCUGAUCAAGGAGGAGGAGCGCGCGAGUGGGCACGUGAGCCUGGCCGUGUACAAGCAGUACAUGACAGAGGCAUGGGGGUGGUGGGGCGUGGCGCUGGUCAUCGCCGUGUCCUUGGCGUGGCAGGGUUCCGUAAUGGCCAGCGACUAUUGGCUCGCCUACGAGACCUCUGCAGAGAACGCCGCCACAUUCCAGCCGUCGCUUUUCAUCCAUGUUUAUGCCAUCCUGGCCGCGGUCUCCGUGGUGCUCGUGUCGGGGCGGUCUUUCCUCGUGGCAUUCAUCGGCCUCCAGACCGCCAAUUCCUUCUUCAAGCAGAUCCUCAACAGCAUCCUCCACGCGCCCAUGUCCUUCUUCGACACCACCCCAUCCGGCAGGAUCCUCAGCAGGGCCUCGUCAGAUCAGACGAACGUCGAUCUGUUCCUGCCGUUCUUCGUCUGGCUCAGCGUGUCCAUGUACAUCACGGUGAUCAGCGUGCUGAUCGUCACAUGCCAGGUGGCGUGGCCCUCGGUCAUCGCUAUCAUCCCUCUGCUCAUUCUCAAUAUGUGGUACCGGGGCUACUACCUGGCAACAUCGAGGGAGCUGACUCGCCUCGAGUCCAUCACCAAGGCUCCGGUGAUCCACCACUUCUCAGAGACGGUUCAGGGUGUCAUGACCAUCAGGUGCUUCAGGAAGGGGGAUAGCUUCUUCCAGGAGAACCUCAACCGGGUCAAUUCCAGCUUGAGGAUGGACUUCCACAACAAUGGCGCCAACGAGUGGCUCGGGUUCCGCCUAGAGCUGGUUGGGAGCUUUGUUCUCUGCUUCACAGCCUUGCUCAUGGUCACUCUUCCCAAAAGCAUUGUCAAGCCAGAAUUUGUUGGUCUCUCGCUCUCCUAUGGUCUAUCUCUCAACUCAGUGUUGUUCUGGGCCGUAUGGAUGAGUUGCUUCAUCGAAAACAAAAUGGUCUCGGUCGAGAGGAUAAAGCAAUUUACAAACAUAGCAUCUGAGGCAGAAUGGAGGAUCAAAGACUGCCUACCUGUUGCAAACUGGCCGACAAGAGGCGAUAUCGAUGUCAUUGAUCUCAAGGUUAGGUACCGGCAUAACACACCACUCGUGCUGAAGGGCAUCACGCUACGCAUACACGGAGGAGAGAAGAUUGGAGUUGUCGGUAGAACUGGCAGUGGGAAAUCAACAUUGAUCCAGGCCCUGUUCAGAAUAGUGGAACCUUCAGAGGGGAAGAUAAUCAUUGACGGCGUUGACAUCUGCACCUUAGGACUCCAUGAUCUGAGGUCUCGGUUCGGUAUCAUCCCUCAAGAGCCAGUACUCUUUGAAGGUACCAUCCGGAGCAACAUUGAUCCGCUCCAGGAGUACUCAGAUGUUGAAAUUUGGCAGGCCUUGGACCGGUGUCAGCUGAAAGAAGCUGUGACAUCAAAACCUGAAAAGCUUGACGCAUCAGUUGUUGACAACGGUGAGAACUGGAGUGUGGGACAACGGCAACUGCUUUGUCUAGGCCGGGUGAUGCUGAAACACAGUAAAAUACUGUUCAUGGAUGAGGCCACUGCAUCGGUGGAUUCCCAAACCGACGCUGUGAUUCAGAGAAUCAUCCGGGAAGACUUUGCAGAGUGUACAAUCAUCAGCAUUGCGCACAGGAUACCGACGGUCAUGGACUGCGACAGAGUCCUGGUCAUAGAUGCAGGACUAGCCAAGGAGUUUGACCGGCCUGCCGCCCUGAUUGAAAGGCCAUCGCUCUUUGGAGCAUUGGUUCAAGAGUAUGCAAACCGGUCAUCUGACGUGUAGCCAAUGAGGUAAUGGCCAAUUUUUGAGUUCAAAAUUUGGGAGGAAUUCCUGGAUGGGGAUCUUCAGGAGGUGACACGAGCAACCAUCAUUCAAGCUCUCUGAGCAGCAUGUCCUAAAAAAUAUGUGAGCUGUGAUUGAUCAUGAGAAAGAUUAGGAGAAGCCAGAGUGUGAGGUAGGCAUCGAGAUGUGCAGAGACAAACUCCAAGAUAUCUUUGAGCUUAUCAAGCUUGAAUGUUUUCUACUACUAUGAGCUGAAGCUGGUAUAUAAUGUAUUUUGCAAAUAUUUUUAGUUCAACGGUGACCUGUAUGAAACUGAGUCUCACGGGAUUUGAAGAACAUUUCUUUGUCCGAGAGAAUGUGAAAACGUUUGGUUCGUGCUGUUUA